UUCCAUUUGCAAUUUUGCAUGCAUUUUCGUUUUCUCAAAAUUCCCAGAAAUUAUUUUCCGUCGUCUCGCUUCUCCCUCCGGACUCUCCCGCUCUCGCCAACGUAAUACUCCGAAGUCCGAACUCGAAAUCCUCUAUUGUCUCCCGCCAAUCUGAAACCCUUAAAAAGUUGAAACUUUUGAUUUUUUUUAAUACUCACUUUCUCAUUCAAUUCGACCAAACUGCCUUAGCAGGGUUCUCUGCAACCUCACUACCGUAUCUCUGCAGCAUUUCCACUGUGAAAGGAAAUUUCCCAAGAGUAUUGAGCUGGAUGGUUUUGUGUUGGACCAAUUGUAAUAUAUUGGAAUUAUAGGAUAUAGUUGGCAAUGCAAGCAUUUUGCCCCCCUUUGACUUUGAGGUGGUUUUGAUGCUUCUGUUCCUGGUAGUGAAAUGGUUCAUGCUUGGUUUACAUGUUAAGUUAUAGAUUUUGAAAUGUAUGGGAAAAGGAAAUAUGCCCCUCCAUUCAGACCAGGUCCUACAACACCCCCACAGUUCCAACAAACUCCACUUGUUCCUCCUUUCCAGCAAGGCCUUCCUGCGCAACCACACACUAUAAUUCAGCAAGGGCAUUCCGUUCCACCACCUCAUGUAAUUCAGCCAGGGGCUCCUCCUGUUUACCAGCAUGGCCCUCCUGCCCCACCUCCUCCACUUCAGCAAGGAAGACCUCCACCACUACCUUUGGUUCAGCAAGUUUCAUCACUGCAAGUUCAUCCACCAUCAGGCCAUGGAAGUUCCCCUCUGGUACCUACUUAUUCAACUGCUCCACAGAAUUCCCAGUAUCCUUCAACCAUAACAAAUCAUAAUGUGCAUCUUCCACUACCAGUUCCUCCACCUCCAGUUCCACCUUUUACGGGGGCCAAGUCACCCAGAGAUGACCCGGGGCCCACCUCCUAGAGUAUUACCUUCUCCUCCCUCACAAGGACAAGUACCAUAUAGGACUCUUUGUCUGCCACUUUCUGGUACUCAAGGUCCUCAAAACAUCCAAUCAUUACCUCCCCCACCCCUGUCAAGUUAUGUUCCUGUCACCCCUGCUUCUUUUGCAUCUUUUGGACAUUCUCCUUUUGAAGAUGCUCAUCCGCCUUCAAUACCACCACCUCCACCUCUUCCACCAUCACUAUCACAAUCGCCACCUCCAUCUUCCUCUCCAAGCCAUUCAGCUAGGUGUUCUGAGGCUUCAUCAACUAUGUCCUUAGGUGCUGGUUCCAACCUGGUCCACCAUACAGAAUCCGGUUCCAAUUCUGAUAAACGAUCUGAUUCUUCUGAGGUUCUGGUUAACAAUUCUGUUGAUCAUAUAAUGGGCCCUGCCCAAACCUCAGGGGACAUGCCCACACAUAACAAUGCUCCAAAUGGUGAAGGUGCAACCAGUGGUAAGAUAGGUUCUAUGGUGGAAGAUGGAUUAUCAUACAAAGAACAAUCAACUUUGGAACUUCCUCCAGCUCCACCUAAGCCAUCAGAAGAAGUUGUUCAGAAAAUUGAGGAUUUGUGCUAUUUUAUUGCUAAGAAUGGCCCUCAAUUUGAAGAUGUAGUUCAUAAAAAUGAAUCAGGGAAUCCAGAGUUUGCUUUCUUAUUUGGUGGUGAUUGUGGAAGUGAAGCUGCAAUUGCACAUGACUAUUUUCAGUAGGUCAAAAGAAAAACCCAUCUGGGAUCAAAAUUAAAUAAUGUGUUGCAAUGUGAUUCAUCAGCGAGGCAUUCGGGAUAUGAUUCUUCAGUGAGAGCCAUGGAUGAAAGUGCAUCUCAUUCACUUGCAGAUUCUGACAUGGAUAUGGAAGAUGUAUUGGGUUAAUCAGCAUGGGUGCAGACUAAACCUGGAAGGCUGGAACUCCAUUUGCAUUUGAUUGGUCCUCUUCAGUACUCUUUGAUUGGAAAGUGAGGAAAAAUGCAAGAUGACAUCAACCAGUCUGACAAGGAGCAGGAGUUUGGUCAUUCAACUGAAGGAUUAAGUUCAGAGUCUGCUUCUAUGCAUAAUGAAAUCCCUGUUGUAAGAGAGCAAUUCCAUGCAUCUCAGCAUUCAACAGAAUGGACAACAGUUAGAGCAUCAGUACUGGAUGAAGAAUAUAAAGGCCACCUACCAAACAUCAUAGUUCUAACAUCAUCUUGGAUGGAGAAGCUGAAUGCACUUUAUACAGCAGUUUACAGAAAUCUACUAGUCCUCUACAUAAAAAUGCAAGUCUAUUUAGGGUUUCAUCUUCUGCUGGCAUUGGUUGUAAGGAUCGAUUUGUUAAAGGCGGAAGUCCAUUCAGACUCUUACAAGACUGCUUCUGAUGAUAGUGCAGAAAAUGAUGAUGAUGGGCCAUGUCUUGAAGAUGUCAGCACUGUAAAGGUCUCACCAUCAUCUACCAUUGGGCCUAAAAGCUCAGACAAUGAUGUAGAAACCAAUUUGGAUACAACUAUUGGCUCAGGGAGUGCUUCUAUGACUGAAAAAGGAUUUAUAUCAGUCAGUGGGUCAGUUGUGGCAUGCCCUGUCAGGAUGCCAGAUGAUUCUCCAGAAACACAUAUAGUGUUGGAGAUAACUUUAAAAGCUUCCUCUCCAGUAGAUGUUGUUCGAGAAACUAAUGAGCUUAGGGUUAAUAAUCAUGGAAACCAAAUAUCUAGUGAUCAGGCUGCUUCUCAUCAGGCAUUUGAACACAAUGAUGAUUUGCAAGGUGAUCUUGCUGAUAUUGAUCCUCAGGAUGGGAACUUACAGAAAGAAGAUACACAGUCAUCUACUCAGUUGAAAGUUGAUAAGUUUGUGAGAUUAAAAAGAGAAGGUGGCAGUGACAGUGAGUCUGAUGGGUUGCGCUAUGCUGGUAGGCAUGGUAAGAGAAGCAGGAGCUGGAGCCAAAGCCAAAGCCGAUCACCCCCUGGUAGGAAGAGGAGUCGCAGUCCACAGAGAAGGGAGAAGCAAAGACGAUCUCACAGCUGGUCUCCUAAGAAACAAAUAAACCGGACCGGGUCUCCUGCUUUCAGAUGCAUAGGGGUCAGAUUCCAGAUUGCUUAGACUUCCUCCAAGGUAG